AUGAAAGAGCAACAUUUCGAGAACUCCCACCUCCACGAUAGGUUCCAACAAAUUCAACCACCAAUUGAACAGGACUUUAACAGCCACAAUAGGCAGAGAAGCAAUCAGCGCAGUAGGUUGUUAGAAAAUUCUGUCAAUUAUAUUCAACCGCCACAACCAACGGUUCAACUGCCUGUUGAUCAUACCGUCAACUUCAAUCAACAACCUCAACCAGUUGUUCAACUGCCUGUUGAACAUGCAGUCAACUUCAACCAACGUCAACAAGCUGUUCAACUACCUGUUGAACAUAUCAUCAACCACAACCAACAAAGACAGCAAGCUGUUCAACUCCCGGUUGAACAUAAUGACAACUACCCUCUAUCAAAUACUAGAGCCAUUCAUCUACUUGGUGGUCACACAGUCACCAACACACAACCAACUCAGCAGCCAAUUCAACAAUCAAUUCAACAAUCAACCCGGUAUACCAUUAGCAACGUACCACAUCAACCACAAGGUACAUCCGUGCCUAACAGACAAUCGCCUACUCAACAAGGUUUCAACAGGUCAUCUCCGACUGUUGCCAAUCAACCAAUCAACCACAAGGCUACAGGUCAACAACCACCUCAACCCAACAUCAACAGGUCAAACCCUUUACCUGCACUUAGGUCUACUCCACCCGUCAGGGAAAGGGUACCUUAUCAACAACUUCCACCGACCGCCAACAGGGCCAAUCAACCACCCUGUCCCAGGUCAACAGGUCAACUACAGUCAACUAGACAACAAAAAUAUACCUUUCCAGUCAGUACAGCCGGACAACAAAACAGAGUGAUUGAUAAUCAACAACAUCUACCACCGAUCAGACAUCCUGUCAAUAUACCACAUACCAACAGCCAUGUUCCACCGACACAACAAUUUAACAGAACAGGUCUAUACCAACCUAACACCAACCAGUCAGGUUUUCAACAACCAUUCAACAACACAAUGGGUCAGCAGGGGCAACCGCCUCAGGCCAUACAUAACCAACAGGAAGUUUACAGGCAACAACCGGUGCAACAUCUCCAAAAUGUUACUGCACCUAUACAUCAGACUCAACAGCCAUUUGGAAAUAUACCAUACCAGCAGGAGAGGCCCUAUCAGCCUUCAACAACACCAAAUCUUGUACAAAGAACGGCUCAAUCAGGGUAUUAUGACGCAGCUCCACACUUGCCAGUGUACCCACAACAACAGUUGUACAAUAACCGUCCACACACUUAG